GCGAGCGUUCGGGAGGGAGGUCGAGCGAGCUGUCGGGCUUCCCAAAUAACGGGAACAAACAGACAAAACGCGCCGGCGGACGGACGGGAAGAUAGGCAAGUGAUCUUAAAAAAACAGCGACCAAACCAUUUUUUUCUUUCCUGAUGUUCGUCUUUUAUUUAUUUAUUUAUCUACCUUGUUUAUUUAUUUAUUUAUCGAUUGAUUGCGUUUUAAUUACUGGCGUGUGACAGCGCGUGGGAGGGGCAAUGGCUGGCAAGCACGUUAUGUUGCCUUGUUUUUGACGUUUAGACAUUUAUACAGUCAAAUAAGACCAUUUAAUGUAGCAAAUUUCAAACAAAUAAGGCUACGCGACGUUGAAUGUGCAGGUGAUUCUAGCAUGUAGCUGCUAGAAACGAGGAGAGAGCUAUAGCUAAAGACCAAAUAAAUGAACCAAAAAAUGCACCAAAUAAGAACACAAUAACCACUGCUUUUAUACGUUAGCGUCAGGGUGGAAGCUAGUUUCUCUUUAUUAGAAUAAAUGCAGAGACGUUCGUUUAAUUUUACAAGCAGACAACCAAAGUAAACCUGACUGCGAUCAAGACUAGAAGCAAACCAGCUGCCGUUACGCUGAAAACUCCCCAAUCUUAGCAGGGGAAAGUAAUUCAACUGCUAUUAAACAGGACUAGUCAUUUGCAGACUUUAAACUACAAUACGCUAUGUACCAAACAUAUACCGAGAUUCAGUAAGCUUACCUUGACAUAUUAUUAAAUGCUGAUGCAUUAAUAACAGUAAUAACAUUGUAAGGAGUACGUUAGCUUUGUGUCUUUUUUGUCUCUGUCCGCCUGUGUGUUUAUCUGCGCGGUAACGUUAAUGCGCCCGAGACACCGGCGCGUGAAUAUGAGGAACUGUUUAUUUAACGAGACCGACUCAGAAGUACACAGACUAAACUGAAAAACGCAUGCACACGCACGCUAUGCCAAGUUACUACUAAUAAUAAACUUGGUGUACAAUGCCAAAAAUAUUCCACACGCAGUCAACCUCGAACACGACGGAGGAAAGCGUGAGCACUAAGAACUAUCGCAGCUGCUACUGAAAGAACAUCAACUACAAACAUCUUUGUUGUUACGCCGAAGAAAAGACCAGCAACUCGGAAACCAAACGAAACCAGAAGACAGUGGAUCAUGUUUGUCCCCCUGCCGGUGCCGUUCGUGUUGCCGAGAACCGUCUCCGAUCUCCACGCCUGGCGCCUCAAGUCCCCGUUGGCUCUGCGCUCCCAUUCCGAUAUCAGAAUGUCAAAGCCAGUAGAGGUUGAAAAUCCAGCGGCAGACUCUCCAAUGGAGAAUACUGGAGAUUCAGAAAGGAAUGGCUCAGACUCCAGUAAUCAGAUUCAGCCAAUCAAAACCAACCCCUUCUCCCUAUCUCUUCCGCUGUGUGGCAGCACCAAGGCAAAGGAAGACUGUGGAGAGAUAUCACCAGCUUCUGUCCAGACUACGCCCACUCAGACACCCCUCCCACACACCCAGCUGAUGUUGACGGGAGGCCAGCUGGCAGGGCUCACUGCCCUCUUGCCUGCCCAGCAGCAGCUCCUCCUGCAGCAGGCGCAGCUCCUGGCUGCUGCCGUGCAGCAGUCACAUGCCGCGCACGCAGCCAAUCAGCAGCAAACGCCGCAACAGGCCAAUCAGCAGCCGCCUCUGCCGCAGCUGCCAGGCCAAUCAAAGGGUGCGCAGGAGCAAACAGCCGCUGCAGUCCCACCCCCUCCUCACCAGAUUACCCUUUCUCAACCAAUCCAGCUCACUGCCCAGGACAUCCAACAGCUGCUGCAGCUGCAGCAACUGGUGCUUGUCCAGGGCCACCCUCUGCCCCCACCCGCGCAGUUCCUUUUGCCACAGGCACAGCAAGGGCAGCAAGGGUUGCUAUCGACACCAAAUCUGAUUCCACUACCUCAGCAGAACCAGGGCAGCCUCCUGGCUGCUCCCCCCACACUCGGACUUCAAGCACAGAGAGAAAAGGCCAUGGAGAGCAGUGCCAGCACAGCGAACCCCAUGACCUCUCACCCUGAGGAGCCGAGCGACCUGGAAGAGCUUGAACAGUUUGCCCGCACCUUCAAACAGCGGAGAAUCAAAUUGGGCUUCACACAGGGUGAUGUGGGGCUGGCUAUGGGUAAGCUGUAUGGAAACGACUUCAGCCAGACCACCAUCUCCCGCUUUGAGGCUCUGAAUCUCAGCUUCAAGAACAUGUGCAAACUCAAGCCUCUGUUGGAGAAAUGGCUCACCGACGCUGAGACCAUGUCCAUGGACAGCACCCUCCCGAGUCCCAGCUCCAUGUCCUCCCCGUCACUGGGCUUCGAGGGCAUGCCUGCCCGCCGCCGCAAGAAACGCACCAGCAUCGAGACGAAUGUGCGAGUGGCUCUGGAGCACAGCUUCUGCACGAACCAGAAGCCGACCUCGGAGGAGAUCCUGCUAAUCGCUGAGCAGCUCAACAUGGAGAAGGAGGUGAUCCGCGUCUGGUUCUGCAACCGCCGGCAGAAAGAGAAGCGCAUUAACCCCUCCAGUGCCACCCCGCCCCUGCCCAGCCAACCCCAGUCUGCCUCGCACAAACCCUCCUGCUACAGCCCGCACAUGAUGCCAGGCCAGGGGUCUUCACAAGCCAUAACCAGUCUCAGCUCAGCAGCCACCACCAUGCCCUCCGUUUGCCCUUUGACUCCCACGGGACCCACCUCGAGCUCCACUCCCUCUCCUGUAGCUCCAUCCCCACGCAGCGACACCAGCCCUGUUCCAGCCAAUCACAGUACAUUAAGCCUGGGCACAGGUUCAUGGUGUAACAAGAACGGUGACGUAUCUAAUUACAUCACCGAUUUUGCUGCCAAUUUGAGGAAUACGGUGAUUGGAGUUAACGCAGGAAUGAGCCAAGCUAUUCGUGGUAGCAACGCAGUCGCCACGAUCCAAGCUCUGGCAGCCAGUGGUGGCCAGCCAACCAUUUCCAGUCUUGAAUGUGGCAGCAAGGUGCUGAUUGGUGGUUCUGGAGGUCAAAGGUCAGCACUGCCAUCUUCCCUCUUCCUAAACCACCCCUCACUGCUGUCCAUGGCAACAGGCUCAGGCAUCGGAUUGGUCAGCUCAGCGAUUUCCAAACCCACUAAGGCUCCGUUUCCAGGUGGCAUGAGUCCCUCCCCUUGCUCCAGCCCCUCCUCUUCCUGCUCUUCCAGCGAACUGGCCCACAGCCCACACGUAAUGGGAGGAGCAAAGAUUGAGUGACACUUCCAGGAAACCAAUCACAGGAACAGGAGGAGGAAAUGAAACCGACCAAAGCAUCCCUAGCUCUCCUUCUCUCUCUUUUACUUGAUUUUCUGCCCUUCGUCCCUCACUGUCUCCUCCAAAAUACAAAAGCAGAAGAGGGGAGAGAUGGAAAGACAGAGGAGAAGAUAUGGAGGUGGCAGGAGGAGAGAUUCAUGUGUAAACCAAAAAUCCACAAAGAGGCAUCAUGCUUGCCUCUCCGGGGCGCAUAAAGAAAGAACCAGAAACAACAGGACAACAGGAAAUGCAGGACUACGACUGACCUGAUCCUGAACAAAAGACAACUCUGGUGGUUUGUCAGAGAAAGGUAAAAAAGAAUAGUUGUAUGCGUGCUCUUGUAAGUUUGGAGUACUUUAAACCAAAAAAAAAAAAUCAACAAAAAGAAAAAAAAGAUAGAUGUGAACUUUAAAAGACUCUUAAUGAUGAGAAGACAAAAACACCAAAACUCCAAAUACCAAAAAUCCCAAAACCAAAAAUAUGGAAGGAAAAGCUUUAUCCAGAGGACAUGUAAAUAUCCCAGCAUUCUGCAGAUCUGUUCAGACGAUCCAGCCAUCUCCCACUGUGCCAUUUCAUCUGCCAUCCUGUCAUGUUGUAUGUCUUUGUGUCACCAUUUUGUAUGUGAUUUUAAAUGAUUUUUUAUCUCACUGAAGAUGUACCAUUUAACACUGACUACACAGCGCUCAGACGGGUCACUGUUUCGGGGCAGAAGUCUCCCUCUUUCUGCCUUUUUAUCUUGUUUUCUUUCACAUGGCUCUGUUUGGCUCUCUUCACCUUCCGGAAAUGUCAAGGACCCACCACAUUUCUAACUCUCUUUUUUGUUAUUUGUUUGUUUAUUUUAAUUUUUUUAAGAUUGCAUAUUUUUAAGAUGUUUCUGAGAAGUGUGUCAUUACAUGUGGCCAUCAUGA